AUGGUUCGGGUCCCUCAACAGGUGAACAAAGUUGACUGUAGUGUUUACGUUUGCAUGUUCAUCAAGGAGCUGGUGCGGCGCUGUUUCGAGGACAUGGAAAUGGGCGUCCACCCGUCUUACGGCGGGGAUCGGUACCGGCAGGACAUGCGGAGUCUGGCUUGCCAGGCUGGUCAACGACAACUGCUGGAGAGUCUGCGGCUUAACGGUGUGGUUCUACUGCAGCAACCUCAGUCAGACGACGACCGCGAGGAGGACGUGAUAGAGUUGGACAUGGACAUCGAGACAAAGGUGAAGGACCUGCUAGCUUCCGACAACAUGCACGGGGCGCAGAUUGAAAACGCCUUCAAGGAUAUCGAGGAACUGAAGGACCAAGUAUUCAAGUGGGGUAAGAGUCACGAUGCGCUGUUGGACACCGUGUCACAACUCAAACAGGGGUUCGCCAUGCUUGCGGCUAGAAUCGGGUGUGAUACGCAGCAUCUGGACCGAAGCGACGAGGCACAAGGGUUUGUUUUACCUGCUGGGGGGAUCCCGGGUGCGGGUGUUGCAACCGCAGGCGGGAUCACAGCUGUCAGUCUUGCAAAAUUAGGCAGGAUGCCCGGUGCGGGUGGAUCAACAGCAGGGUUGCUCCCGGGUGAGGAAGUUGCAACAUCUGGCGGGAUCCCGGGUGCGGGAGUUGCAACGUCAGGCAUGAUUCCGGUUGCGGGCGUGUCAACAGCAGGGUUUCUCCCGGGUGCGGGAGUUGUCAAAACAGGCGGGAUCCCGGGUGCGGGAGUUGCAACGUCAGGCAUGAUUCCGGGUGCGGGCGUGUCAACAGCGGGGUUUCGCACGGGUGCGGGCGUGUCAGCAGCAGGGUUGCUCCCGGGCGCGGGCGCUGCUACAUGCAGCGGGAUCCCGGGUGCGGAAGUUGCAAGAUCCGGCGGGAUUCCGGGUGCGGGCGUUGCAACAGCAGGCGGGAUUCCGGGUGCGGGAGUUGCAACAUCAGGCGGGAUUCCGGGUGCGGGAGUUGCAACAUCAGGCGGGAUUCCGGGUGCGGGAGUUGCAACAUCAGGCAGGAUUGCGGGUGCGUGCGCGUCAACAGCAGGGUUGCUCCCGGGUGCGGGCGUUGUUACAUGCAGCGGAAUCCCGGGUGCGGAUGUUUCAAGAUCCGCCGGGAUUUCGGGUGCGGGCGUGUCACCCCCCGGGUUGUUCCCGGGUGCGGGAGUAGCAACUGCGAGCGGGAUCCAGGGUGCGGGAGAUGCAUCAGCAGGCGGGAUAUCGGGUGCGGGAGUUGCAACCGCGGGGUUGCAACCGUGUGCGGGAGUUGCAACUGCAUGCGACAACCCGGGUGCGCUAGUGGCUAACGAAGGCGGGAUCGCUGGUGCUGAAGUUGCAACAGCAGGCGGGAGCAAUGGUGCGGCAAAUGCAACAGCCGGGUUCCUCCAGGGUGCGGGAGUAUUAGCAGCAAGGGGGAUGCUGGUUGCGGGAGUGGCACCAGCAUUGGGCAAGACUGCUGCCGGUGUAGCUACACCAGGGGGUUUUCUGGGUGCACCCAAUCCCACAGAUCCGCGAGACACCCUGCAAGGUCACCGGCCCUCGGCGAUGACGGGCCCGAACUAUGAUGAAGCUGUCUCAAGAGCAGCUGCAUGGCAGUUACGUCACACCUCAACCGUGCCCACUGCCACUCAGGAGCCGGUCCCCAAUCACGCAAUUGUCGCUGCACCUGGGGGUGUACCAAACGUCGCACCUUCCCCGACCUGCAGCUUCACCGGGUUAGGUGCACAGAGUCACCGAGGGCCAGCUGCGUCGGAGAGCAUGUCACGUCUGCAGAGCAAGGGGGUCAAACCAGAUAUCAUAAAGACCCAAUACACUGGCGUCACGAGGUUGAGUACGAGCAACACCUGGACAGCAAAAAUACUACUCCAGCGGAAAACAAACUCCCAGACAACCAUCAGCAGCAAGUUUAGAUCGGAUGUGGAGGCGGCGCGUGCAUACGCGGUAGGGUGGCACCUGGUGUGGGGACAUGAUCCGUCGUACAAAGGCAAGAUGAUCGAGUUGUCCGCAGGUGACAUAGCAAAGCUCAAGGGUUGCGACGCCCGCAUGUGUAAGUUGAUGAUAGAGGAGAAAUUUUGGCACCGAUGGGAGAACUGGAGGCCAGCAUGGGAGGAGUGCAUGGUUAAGCUGGCGGCGAAGGAGCGUAAGAAUGCGCUGAAGCAGGCUGAGCUUCAGCAGGUGUUGGCUUCAGCGGAGGAUCGCCCAAGCAAAAAGGCUAGACCGGGGGAUGGUCCGCAAAAUGAUGCAGCUGGCUCGUCUGCGGGGAAUGGCCAAGAGGGUAUGGGGACCAAUGUGUAG